UGGCGCUCGGAGUUUGCGCUUGUCUUUUGUUUCAUCUUUGACUCGGACCGGCAUUUUCCCACAACACCCCGCUGCUGCUGCUGCUGCUGCUCCUACUGAUGACGAAAAUGGCGGACAGCGCAUCGUCGGUCGAGAUCGUUGAGGGCUGUCGCCUGCCCGUUCUUCGUAAAAACCAAGAGCACGAGGACGAAUGGCCAUUGGCGGAAAUUCUAAGUGUGAAAGAAGUCUCUGCGAGAAAGCUCUUCUAUGUUCACUACAUUGACUUCAACAAGCGUCUGGAUGAGUGGGUCACGGGGGACCGGCUGGACAUGAAGAAGCUCCAGUUCCCUAAGAAAGAAGCAAAAACGCCAACCAAGAAUGGUCUUCCAGGCUCCCGUCCCAGUUCUCCAGAGAGAGAAGUGAGGAAGAGUCUAGAUCUCAACCAACAAUCUGCCACAGCUCCUUCCAGAGGCAAAACCCUCCCCACACCGUUGUCGGGCCACAGUGAGCUGCAUGGAACUCCAGACACGAACAACCACGACACAAUAAAGGAAGAAGACGAUCCAGUCGUGCAGAUCAAAUCUGGAAGUGAUUUAAAACACAAUGUGUCCAAAUGUUUGUCGGGUGUGCGCGCUGGACUCGUCAAGCCAAAUGUCAGCUUCAGAUCUUUCAAGAAAAGGAAAGUGGAGCCCGUCCCCCCGGUGACUCAGGUACCCCCGGCGCCCCCUGUGCCGUCACUGCCAAGUUCAGCUGAAGCCUCUCAGGCAUCUGUUUUUCCUGCUGUGAGGGACACCAACACCUUUAAGUCCCGCGAAGACCAUGACCCGAUCGCUUCACUCACGACGAACGGCAAUGCGCGGCGAAUCAUCCCCUCUCAGCCUGGGAGGAAAAGGAAAGCUAAUUGUGGGGGAACUGAUGAGAUGAUUAAGGUUUUGCAGUAUAACAAACCUCAAAGUGCCAGUGUCUUUCUACCACCACCAGAGGAUUCCCAGGAUAGUUCGGAUGGCAUCCCGUCUGCGCCCCGCAUGACGGGGAGUCUGGUGUCCGACCGCAGCCACGAUGACAUCGUGACCCGGAUGAAAAACAUCGAGUGCAUAGAGCUCGGACGACACAGACUGAAGCCCUGGUACUUCUCGCCGUACCCACAGGAACUCACCACACUACCCAUCCUCUACCUCUGUGAAUUCUGUCUCAAGUAUCUCAAAAGCCUCAAGUGUCUCCAGAGGCAUUUGACAAAGUGUAAUCUGAGACAUCCGCCAGGCAAUGAGAUCUACCGCAAAGGCACCAUCUCAUUCUUUGAGAUUGAUGGCAGGAAAAACAAAACUUAUUCCCAGAACCUGUGUUUACUCGCUAAGUGUUUCCUGGAUCACAAAACCUUGUAUUAUGACACAGACCCUUUCCUCUUCUAUGUGAUGACCGAGUAUGACUCCAAAGGCUUCCACAUAGUGGGCUACUUCUCUAAGGAAAAAGAGUCGACUGAAGAUUAUAAUGUUGCCUGCAUCCUGACCUUGCCUCCCUACCAGCGGAGGGGCUAUGGCAAACUGCUCAUUGAGUUCAGUUACGAGCUGUCCAAGGUCGAGGGGAAGACGGGCACUCCCGAGAAGCCGCUUUCUGACCUGGGUCUUUUGUCCUAUCGCUCCUACUGGUCCCAGACCAUCUUGGAAAUUCUCAUGGACCUUAAACCUGACAAUGGAGAGAGGCCGCAGAUUACCAUCAACGAGAUCAGUGAGAUCACAAGUGUAAAGAAAGAAGACGUCAUUUCAACACUUCAGUAUCUCAACCUAAUCAACUACUACAAGGGUCAGUACAUCCUGACUCUUUCAGAGGACAUUGUGGAGGGGCACGAACGGGCGAUGCAGAAGAGACACUUGCGCAUUGAUUCUAAAUGCCUUCACUUCACACCUAAAGACUGGAGCAAGAGGGGCAAGUGGUAAAGCCCCGUCCUGUUUCAUACAAUACCCCGCCCAGUUGCCCAGAUUGCAGACUUGAAGCAAACAGUGGAUCCGAUAAAGUUUUUUCUUUUGUCGAGCGUUCUCAUCAAGAACCUCGACCUGAUCAAAGCAAUGAAUGUAAACUGUGACUUGAGAAGCAGCAGCUUUUAUUGUGAAUAUUCAUUUUUUAAAUUGUGAGCAUGAAAAAGGAGUCAAACUUGGGGACAAAAGAGAGAGAAAAAACUUGCAGCAAACAACAAACCUUCCACUGUGUAAAAGAUCCAGUGUAUGACAUUUUGUUUACAGCUGGAUAAGGUGUCUGCCUAAAAUGGCAAACAUGCACACUACCUAAUGAAAGUGAUGUUCUUCUAAAGAACACAAAGGAGAUUUCUUUUCUAAUUUUUUCAAAUCUUCCCCGUGAUUUGGCCUCCACAAACGUAAGUGUGUUUUUGUCCACCUGCUUUGUAUUUGCCACAAAAGAAGUGGAAUUAAAAAGUUGUCAUCAGAAUUUAUUUAUGUAUCUGAGAAAGACAGAAUUCAUUGUGUCUCGUUAUCAUAUAAGUCACACUUCAGGAAGCUUAGUUUAUGGAACAUGUUCUGGACUUGGUCACACUCAUUAAGAAAUAGCACAACUCUUGUGUGAACAACAGUCACCCAACCUAGUGAUCUCUUUCUACGUUGUACAGUGAUAUGAAAUGCUUCUUUCCUUGUACAAAAGUUUGAAUAGUAUUUAAAACAAAACCCCACAAAUGAACAGACUCUGUUUAUAUUUAUAUAUUUAUAUCGAUCACUCUGUGUGAUGAGUUCUGUGAGUGUGUAGACGGGAAAAGGCACAAAGAGUUACAUUUCAGCUCUGUUGAGGGAGGAGGCCCUGCUGUUCAUAUUGUCAACGUCUCAACACGAUGAUUAUAGUUUAUUGUGAUUUUCUUUUCUUUCUUUUUUUUGUGAGUGCCUGAAUUUUAAUGUCUGGUCGAACAGGGGGAACAGAAACAUGCUAUUAGUUCCCUGCCGUAGGCUUCAUGUUUAGGAAAAAAAUAGAACCAUUUGGAUGCAGACAAACGUAGUCCACAUUAGGAAUUUCUAAGAAACUACAUUGUCCGUCCAUGUUGAUAUUUUACAAUAGAAGCUCUGCUUUUCAUUUCCUUUUGUUUUAAAUAGAUGGAAGUGUUUAUGCUCUUUGUUUGUGGUCAUUCAGGUGAAUAUUCUUUCUUUUUUUCAGAUAAUCCUCUGUCACAAACAUCUGUACCAGGUGUACAAUGAGACAAAUAAAUUCCAGUUGUUGCUGUAAUACUGUAAAUAAUGAACCUGAUUAUUAAGAGAAAAAAAAUUGAAAAGACAGAAGCCAUGUUGAACUGUUAGAGGAAUGUAAAUUUUGUGUACAGGUGUCUUUCUUUUUUUUACUUGAUGUAUACUAACAGGCCUCACAAUAUUAACAGGAAAAGACCAUAAACUGAUCUCCUUCUUUGAGUUGGUGUUUUUAUGUUUACAUGUGGAUUUACCCUUUUGAAAUGAUUUAGCAUAUCUUGAUGUGGAACACAGUCGAGAGUAUGAUUUAAACAUUUGAUAGCUUGUUGAAUUGAUAAAAAAAACCAUUGUAAAAACC